AUGGGCCUCGACGUCUCGACUUUUAAAGAUCUUGGCCAGCCCAAUGGCCUCAUUCAAAGUAUAUGGGCAUUGGGCUACACACCGACCCACAAGUGUUCCUCGAGGCCAUUAGAAAAGAAUACGAGCAAUCCGGCAUCCAUUUCAUCAAGAGGGGAGAUGGAAGAAAAUGUCCUCUCCGUCGAACGGAAAAUACGGAAUCAACCUAGGCUUUUGCCUUAA